GGUUUUGAAUUGACACACACGGAGCGAGCGCUGCUGCUUAGCUGGAGUUGAGAGUGGAUGCAAUUUUCAUGCACUUCAUGCAUGGCCUCGGCCAUAUAGACAGAGGGGCUCAUGGAUUUCAUCAAACGCUGAGUAUUGUGGCCUCGCAAAAGAAGCGACUGAAAUACGUUUUUGCUGUUUGACGGUGACUAAAAGCAGUGGUCGAGUAACAGUUACCAUCAGAUUACUGCACGAAAAAAAUGUUGCGUGCCUUUUCUUUCCCCAUCGGUGUGGAGAGGAGCAGGAACAAGGAAAGAUUAGAAGCCAGUUUGGCUGGGUUGUGCGAACUGGAGUUUCUAAAGCAGAGGCAGGAAUUUUUAGUUCUCAGCGCCCUCGGAAUUCAUCAUGACAGCGAAAAUGGGGCAGAAGGGGACCCCCGAAGAAAACAGCUGGGCCCCGCCAGCAGGAGCCAAGACGACUUGACGUUGAGACGGCAACUGAACAGCCUAAAAAGCACCCCAUGGGGUUUAAUGUCGUCCUUGGAGCAGCAGGUUGGAGAAUUACGAGUCGAUGCUGACCCACCUUUCCCAGAUCCUCCUUCAGAACUUGCAGACAGCAGACCAAGCUCAGCAGGCUUUUAUGAACUCAGUGAAGGGCCAUCACCUGUGGGUCUGUCAGACUCUGUUUUUGGGGAGUUCUUUCCCAGCUAUUCACGGAUUGGUUCUCUCACAGAGGCCAGGAUAAAUUAUGCCAAUGAACGUCCAAAAUCUGUAGGGGACCUCUUUUUGGUGGACCAGGAAUGCUUAGACAUGCUGUCUGAAGGCAACACUCAUUCCUCUGUACCUCGCUCCUUUUCUGCCCCCUACAACUCCUCUCCAGAGGGUAAUCCUGAAAGUGGCGGAGGUGAGCCUUAUAUUUGGGAGGACCAAUACCCUUAUCAGUCAUCUAUUCAAGAACCCCACAGUUUCCAGGACCAAUCCUGCCUGGACUCCACGGAGAUGGCUACUCCUGAGGACAUUCAACAAGCCCAUCGUGUUGAGAGUUACAUUUUGGGACUUAUACAAAGGAGGGGAAUGCCACACCGGCCUACCAAACCUCGGACCAGUCUCAAUUCAGAUCCAAACAAGGGCCUAGCCCGGCAGAACAGCUUAUGCAGGAGGCCUGUGGAAUCUACUGAAGGGCGUUACCCCAUGAUUGGCAAUUCUACACCUUCCUCAAGCUUUGAAGGCAAGCCUCGACCCCUCUGGGCAUGCAGAAGCUUUGACCAGUCAUAUGGGCGAAGUCAGGGGAGCGGCAACCUCUCAGAUAGCUACCCAAGGCUGCCUCUGAGUCCUGAAGAAGCCCUGAAUAUCUUAUAUGCCAGGCCUCCUAAAACAACCAGGCCGGCAUCCUUGGAGUACCAGGAGUCUGUGUGCAUUGGCUCCAAUCUAGGACCCAGUAUGACCGACAGUGUGAGCAGUGAUCCAGACUGCCCUGAAGACCUUCUGUCAACCUUCCAGCAUUAUGUGCCUUAUGAGGAAAGGCAAGAAUAUCGAAGAGUCAGGUCGCCUCCUUUAGAGGAACACAUGGUGAAUGCUCAGUAUAUCCCUGCCCAGCAACCAUGCCAAGCUCAACAGACAAGCCGAUCUAGUGGGCACACUCAUGGUCACCAUCUUCGUCACACCAACAAAUCGGCAUCUUUUGCGGGAAAAUGUCGUGGCGAACCACCCCAGUCGCCUGAGCGGUACCCCUUCCAUCACCAACAGUCAAGCAGAGGCAAAACAGGGUCAAAAAAAUGCCGCUUUACAGAUGAAGGAGGGUCCAAGUCUAGCUCCAAGAAAUCUGGAAAGAAAGCGUGUCGAUCCCAGUCUGAGAAUAGUCUCCUGGGACAAAGGGUCAUCCUGGAGAGGAAGUAUAACACCGUUGAACGAGAGGAGCUUUCUGGCUUUGGCCGCGGUUCCCAACAAAGGCCUAAACGGCAAAACAGUGGAGGUGGCGGAGCUGGAAGUGGGUAUCGGCGGUGGCGCUCAACCUUAGAGAUCAGCCAGGAUGAGAGUGAACCACUUAUUGCAGAGCCGCCCAGGAGGGUGAGGAAGCCCCGUUACACCUUCUUACCCCCUCCACCUCCCCCAAUGCGAUCCACAUUUCAAGGCUACUCUGAACCACAGGCUGAAUUUGGAGAGCCCCUCUCCCCUCCUCGGGCUCCCGUGUGCCUUCCGGAGGACGAGCUGAGUGGAUAUGGGCAGCCGUGUGCUGGGGACAGCGAGUCUAGCCUGAGCGAGGCUGACACUCCGGGAUCUAGCUCUGUUUCCAGUGACUCAGAUGAGAGCGGGGGGCUGGUGUGGCCUCAGCAGUUGCCCCCACAGCUUGCUGGACCACCAUCCUCAUCCUCUUCACCUUCCUCAUCUUCUACUGCCCAGCCCAAAGUCUUUGUCAAGAUCAAAGCUUCUCAUGCUCUGAAGAAGAAGAUCCUCCGUUUCAGGACGGGUUCCUUGAAAGUGAUGACUACCGUCUGAGAGGAUAUUGCACUGAUGGUUGCUUCGUGCCAAUUGGUCACCCAAUUAACGGGGGUGCUUUCUUGUUUUUAAACCCUGCUUUGCUCAUGUGAAUGGCGUGCGUGUUGCCAUUGAAUCAGUGCUUUCCCUACUAGCAGGUGGCACACUAAGAUCAAGCCAGGAAACCCUGAAGGUGUGCAUCAUGUCAGGCGAGUUCUCUUAUAAGCCUGCCAGCCUAGCAGAGAGGAACAAUUGUCCAAAGUGUAAAAGACUUGGAGAUGUCUGCUGUGAGUACGUAGCUUUGGAUCAAAGCUAGACAGACCCUGAAUGCUGACUCAUCUUUGAAACUGUAGGAUGUGCCAUCAAACUUUAGAGAUGUUAUGUGUUGAAGGCCAUCACAGCUACUGUAUGUGCCUCCUUGUUGCCUAAUGUCAAGGACUCUGGGCAUUUAUCUGUAUGUCAAAUGGCAGCUGCUCACACUUGGAACACUUGAAGUACAGAACUGCUUUGUGAACAAAUGAAGGAGCCUGGAGCCUCAUGGGCACAUGCUGCAAGGCUGGCAUCAUUUACUGAUGAUUGAACAAGCUGCUCUUCCCCUGUCCUUCCCAAAGAUUUGAUUUUAAAUGGCCAAGCUGAUUUACUCUAUUGUAUUUGUGCAUAAGUUAAUAAAUACAUUCAUGUAUAAA